AUGGCUGCCUCCCACUUCGAAGCAAAGGUCAAGAGCGUGCUCUCUGGAGACACCGUUGUCCUGCACAACAUCGGCAACCCGAAACAAGAGCGCAUCCUCAGCUUGGCCUUCGUCACCGCACCAAGAUUGAAGCGCGAGGGUGACGAGCAGUUCGCCUUCGAGUCACGCGACUACCUCCGCCGUCUCCUCGUCGGCAAGGUCGUACGCUUCCAGGUCCUGUACAAGAUCCCCACUGGCGCCAACCGCGAGUACGGUAUCGUUGCCCUGCCGGACCGCACGGUGCUCCCUGAACAAGCUGUCGCUGAGGGCUGGCUGAAGCUCCGCGACGACGCCGGCCGCAAGGGCGAUUCAGAUGAAGAUGCACAGCUGCUGGAGAAGCUCCAGGUCCUCGAGGCUCGGGCUAGAGCGGACUCGAAGGGUCUCUGGGCUGAGACGGGUGGCCGAAUCAACUCGUCGAAUGAGUUGAGCAACCCCCAGCAGUUCGUCGACGAGAACAAGGGCAAGGAGCUCGAUGCUAUCGUUGAGAAGGUCCUCUCGGGCGACCGUCUCAUCGUUCGAUUCGUCCUUUCGCCCACCGAGCACAUCCAGACCAUGAUUCUCCUCGCCGGUAUUCGAGCACCAUCGACACAGCGCACGAACCCCUCCACUGGCGAAGUACAGACCGCCGAGCCUUUCGGUGACGAUGCGCAGCUCUUCGUCGAGACCAGGCUGCUGCAGCGCAACACCGCAGUCAGCGUUCUUGGCCUGACACCGAACGGACAGAUUGUGGCAGACGUCAAGCACCCUACUCAGGGCAGCAUCACGCCUCACAUCCUCAAGGCUGGACUGGCCAAGUGCACCGACCACCACACCACACUUCUCGGCGCACAAAUGGCUUCGCUGAGGCAGGCCGAGAAAUUCGCCCGUGACAGGAGGCAGGGUGUCUAUCAGGGCCAUGUCGCGCCCAAAGCCAACGCUCCUGGUGAGCUCGAGGCUGUUGUCAGCAGAGUACAGAGCGCAGACACCAUUUUCCUGCGGAACAAGGCCGGUGCUGAGAAGCGCAUCAACCUUAGCAGUGUUCGCCAACCUAAGCCUACGGACCCUAAGCAGUCACCUUGGGCGGCCGAAGCUAAGGAGUUCCUGCGCAAGAAGCUGAUCGGCAAGCACGUCAAGUUCCACAUUGAUGGAAAGCGUCCGGGAACCGAGGGCUAUGACGAGCGCGAGAUGGCGACAGUCAGCCUACAGGGCAAGAACAUCGGUUUGCUCCUCGUUGAGAGCGGUAUGGCCACGGUCAUCCGCCACCGCCAGGACGACACCGACAGGAGCCCCAUCUACGACGAUCUUUUGCUUGCUGAGGCUACCGCACAAGAGGAGCAGAAGGGUCUUUGGUCCCCCAAGGCACCCUCUGCGAAGCAAUACGUGGACUACUCUGAGUCGCUCGAGAAGGCCAAGCGCCAGCUCACUCUCCUCUCGAGGCAGCGCAGAAUCCCCGCCGUUGUUGACUUUGUCAAGUCGGCCUCACGCUUCACAGUGCUGAUUCCCCGCGACAACGCCAAGAUCACUCUUGUCCUUUCCGGUAUCCGCGCACCGCGAUCAGCGAGGAACGACCAAGACAAGGGUGAGCCCUUUGGCAAGGAGGCACACGAGUUUGCCAGCAGGCGUUGCCAGCAGCGAGACGUUGAGAUCGAUGUCGAGGACUGCGACAAGGUCGGUGGCUUCAUUGGUACUCUCUACAUCAACCGCGAGAACUUUGCCAAGACUCUUGUCGAGGAAGGUCUCGCAUCUGUACACGCAUACUCGGCUGAGAGGUCAGGCAACGCAAACGAACUGUUUGCUGCCGAGCAGAAGGCCAAGGAUGCACGUAGGAACCUUUGGGAGAACUACGACCCAUCGCAAGAGGAUGAGUACGAGGACACAACCGCAGCUGCGACCCAGACAUCGAACGGUGAUGCACCAGCAGCCUCGAGACAGAAGGACUACCGUGAUGUGAUUGUCACUCACGUCGCCGACGAUGGUCGGCUCAAGCUGCAGCAGGUUGGUUCCGGAACCUCAGCACUCACAUCGUUGAUGAGCGCGUUCAGCAAGUUCCACCUCAACCCUGCAAACAACAAGGGUCUCGACGGCCCUCCCAAGACCGGCGAAUUUGUGUCAGCCAAGUUUACCGAGGACGACACAUGGUACCGUGCUCGCGUCCGUCGCAACGACCGCGAUGCCAAGAAGGCUGAGGUCGUCUACGUUGACUACGGAAACUCUGAGAUUAUCCCCUGGACUCGCCUGCGCCCUCUCGGCGCCGAGUUCUCCAACACCAAGCUCAAGCCCCAGGCUGUUGACGCACAGCUGGCUUUCAUCCAGCUCCCCGGUAACCCCGAAUAUCUCAACGACGCUGUCCAGUUCAUCUCGCAGGAGACUGCUGGCCGCUCGCUCGUAGCCAACGUUGAUCAGGUUGACAAGGAUGGCCUCUUGUGGGUCACACUGUUCGACCCCAAGGAGAGCAAGUCUGGCAACGAGAGCGUCAACGCUGACGUCAUCGAAGAGGGUCUUGCCAUGGUUCCCAAGAAGCUGAAGGCCUGGGAAAGGAGCGCGUCGGACGUCCUUGGGGCUCUGAAGCAGAAACAGGAUGUUGCCAAGGCGGAGAGGAGAGGCCAGUGGGAGUAUGGUGAUCUGACUGAGGACGACUAG